GGGACGAGCUUGAGGGAAGAGUUAAUUCCGUAGAUGAAAAGAUUUCUCUGACUCGACACAGAUAUGUCGAAUUUAAUGGUUAUCCAAAUCUCCAAUACGAGGACGGCUGGUCAUAAAGCUCAGCCCUUGCAAAGAGGCGAUUGAUGAAUAAACCUCCAAAACAGCUCAUUCAAUGAAAAGGUAUACAGUAAUUCCAACCAAUUUGUGGUUUAUGGCAAAUAUGUCAAGAGCCCCUGCAGCAUUUCGGCUCGUUAUCGGACAUAGAUGGCGGAGAUCCUCGCUCCGCCACUUCAUUUCCAGCGGACAAGGAAGAUACAACGGGAUGGACAAAUGGAUGGCUCGAAUGCCCAUUUAAUCGGGUCUCAAUGCGGGCCUUUUGAUGAUGCGGGGGAUCCAGCCCAAACUGUCACUUCACAACUUGCACGUACGUCCGUUUUCGAAGAUGCAGAUCUGAGACGACCGUCAUGAUGCUCCAAAAUGCAAGAUUUGGAGAGAUUUGCAAGACGAGACGAUGGAGAACGAUAAAGGGACAUGGGGUUGGGGUUUAGGGUUGACAAACGACAGCGUACGAAAGGGUGGCAACGAGCACGAGGUCGCCUGCUUAUUUGGAUUUCUUGAUCUUGAAAUGAGAUGACGAAACGACCGGAAAUCUUGUGCGUGCGAAGGUGCUCGAAAACAGGUGACUGAUCUAGAGACGGAGAGAGCGCAGAGAGGGAGGAGACAGAUGCGGCUCGAAGAAGGGCGAGGCCUAAAGCGAGCCGGGUGGAGUUGAGAUGGAGGGGGUUGACAUAAAGGCAAGCGGCGGAGCCGAAGAGGGAGUAAAUGCGGGCCACAUGGGACUCGGACUCACGAGGAAUUCGCUUCCAGUGGGACAGAGUGAGGGUGGAGGGGGAGGCGGGGCCUGAAAAGCGCCCAUCAAGAGGAAUGCAUACAUACACUCCAGAUGUGUAAAAGAAAGCCUGGGGAUGAGAUAGAUAGAACAGAUAGAUUGACGAUGAAAAGCUGUCAUCAGGCGAAAAGGCUGUGGCGGCGCGUCUCCACUACCAAAAUCAUUGGACUCGUCAUCUGCCAACACCCUCCCAAAAGGCAAAUACCAGAUGAGAAUGGGGUGGCGCGGAGAUGGCCUUCAGUUCCGGAUUUUUAAUUAUUUAUCAUAUUUACUCUUCCCCAUUCGUAGGUGAACUCCACCCAUUCAACCUCCCCACUGCCGCACCUGCUGCUGUUCACCAUUAUGUUACCUCUUCUUCUCCUCCUCCCUUUGCACAUGGACUCGAUCUGGAGAGUAACUGGUCUGGUCUACAGAUCUGUCUGUUGUUGUUGCCGUUGUCGAUGCUGGAGUUACAAAGGUGGAUCUCGCUUUUCGCCGGCCCGGCCAAUAAGUUCCGCUCUCUCUCUCUCUCCUCCUCCUCGCUACCCUCGUCGUCAUAGAUACUAUGCUCGAGCUUCAGAUUUCAAGCCUCGCUUCCAACUACUGGUCGCUGUAUCGCCAAUGAUGGUCAGGGAAUGAGUGCCCGCCCUUGUGACCGAUCUCAAGAAACAACAAUACGAAACGCUCCCCUCCCAUCCCUUCCCUUCCCCACCUCCUCUUUGCUCUCCCAUGUCUUCCAUGGAUGGAAAACGCUCCUUCAGCCUUCAUUUCACGGAACAUGGGGCAACUAUCACAAUGAUUACCAUUCACUCGCUCAUGGGAGGUGUUCACGAUUUCUUCCAUUUUUCAACAUUUUUCUUUUCCUUAGCAGUAAAUAUAUUCGUCGUGCACAUCACAGCAAUAGACUAACUUACGAUCUUCUAUACAAUUACUCGGAGAUCCACCAUCCCGAGCAAUACUGAACCUUUUUCUUCCACCUGUACUCGUGAGUUGCUUGUAGGCCACAUCGAGGGCUCCUCACCUAGCUUUCGGCCUCGUCUUCCUUCGAGGCGACAAUAGAGGUGCCGGUGGACAGAUAGAGAUGUAUCACGAAGAGACACUAGCUCUCUCCCCACUAGAUCGUCACCCUUGGGCUAGGCUUCCUCUCGACUUUCUGGGCCUCUCCUUUGUUUAGGUGAUUUCCCACCUCUUUUUUGGCACUUUUUCCUUUACUACUUUGAGAUUUGGGUAUACCUCGUCCUGGUGUAUGUAUUUAUACAAGAACAUUCUAG